AUGUGUAUGUAUGUCCUGUACACAUCGUCCGGUCUUGCCUUACUUCCAAUUACUCUUAUCAAGACUGCUCCUUCCAUCUCAAGUCCGACGUUGAGAGCCAGCACAGCCUCGCAGCUUGAGGCAAACCGUGAGCGACAACGCCAAUUGGAAGGCCGCUGCGGGGGGAAUCCAGAUGAUCUAUCCUCCAAAGACCGCCGAGAACUCGAUAGCCUUGUUAGAGAGGAAAGAACGCUGAUACGGCGACAGCGUCUUAUUGAGGAAGCACAGGGAGAACAUCGGAGUUGGAUCAUACGAUCAUGGUUCAAGGUCGAGGCAGCAUUCAGGCCCUUCAAGCUCCUCGGCGGUAUUGUCCUUCUUUUGACUGCAGUCCUGAUAUGGGUUUCCAUGCUGCUCACAACGAUUGACAAGGCGAAAAAUUCAGUAUGCAAGCAGCAUUGCGGGUACAUUCUUGGUAAUAUCAACGUCUUCAACCCUGUCAACUGGGUCUUCGUCAAUGCUGCGAAGAUUUUCCCACUUGACUACGGACUCUUUGCGCUGCUCGUCCUGCUGUUCUUCAGUAGCUCUGUUGUGGGGAUCGCAACGGCUGGUAUUCGAUUCCUCUGGAUUAGGAUCUUCCAAAUCCGCAAGGGUCAUACGUCUCCACAGGCUUUGCUCAUGGCGACUGUGAUGCUCACCCUGAUCACAUUGGCACUCAAUUACUCCAUCUCCAUGAUCGUUGCUCCGCAGUAUGCAACCUUUGGGCCACAAACAUUCUGCGAUAGACCUCCGCGAUAUCCUGGAGAACAGCCGGAUUGCAAAAAUUACCCGGAUCUUGUCAAACCCUGUUCGGAGCUUGCGGACAAUCCGGCCGCGAAAGCGGUCUGCACUCCAAGCGUUGUCAGCACGUUUUUUAACCGUGUUACCUUGAAUUUCCCAUUCUUUGGUAUCGUAUUUUUCUGGGCACAGUUCGUAUUUCUUGGUAAGACUCGUACCUUGGCCUCUCUUCCGUCAAGCUUGAUACCAUAUCUUGUAUCAGACAUAAUAUUUCAAGGAGUGAUUCCUAACAGAUUCCUUUUUUCCCUUACUUUAGGCAUAUACCUAAUUGUCUUCCUCACGACACUUUUCCGCACCCCCAAACUUGAUGAACGCCAAAUCGACGAAGACGCUGAGGAAGCUGAAGAGGAGGGCUUAUUGGCCAGUACUGCGAGACGCUUCAAUGCCAACUGGCGGGAUUUCACCGGUCGAGGGAACAGGAGGACUAUUGAUAGCAAUUAUGUUCAUUGA